AUCACGUGGUAUCACAUGAUCACCUGUUUUCUGCGAGCUACCGAAACAGGCGGCUCAGGCGUCUCCUGCGGUUGAGGUUGUUUCAUACUGAAGGCCCCCGCUGUUCAGUGGUCAGUAGGUUUAAGUGAAGAGUCCGAAACAACAGCCAUCAUGAUUUUGCUUGGGUGAAGAUUUUCUGAUCUACAUCCCUCCCCAUGGAUCCAGAUGGUUGGGCACUAAUUUUCAUGGCUGCAUAAAGCUACAGCCUGUUGACUCAUGGCGAUUAACGCUGAUGUUGAAGACUGGGGUGGAGUCGACAGUAGUGACUCUGGAGAGAGGGCAUGGCUCUUGCAGAGUCCCAGCGUGGAUUCUGUUCGGCAGCUGGAGGCAGACAGGAGAGGCAUGUCAUCUAUGGGGGCAGUGUUCAUCGUGGUGAAUGCAGCACUGGGAGCAGGUCUACUUAAUUUCCCCGCAGCAUUCAAUAUGGCAGGAGGAAUAACUGCUGGAGUGAUGCUUCAGAUGUUCAUGCUAAUCUUCAUUAUAAGUGGACUGGUGAUUCUGGGCUACUGCUCUCAGGUCAGCAAUGAAAGCUCCUAUCAGGAGGUUGUUCGAGCCAGUUGUGGGAAAGUCACAGGAGUCCUCUGUGAAGUCGCCAUUGCUGUCUACACCUUUGGCACUUGCAUCGCUUUCUUUAUUGUCAUUGGAGACCAGCUGGAUCGCUUGAUAGAAGCAGUGGCUCACCACACAGAUGGUUCAGUCAAUGGCUACUGGUACACCGACCGCAAAUUUACCAUCACCGUUACUGCAGUGCUCGUUAUUCUUCCUCUCUCCAUCCCCAAAGAGAUUGGCUUCCAGAAGUAUGCGAGUGCACUGAGUGUGAUGGGAACCUGGUAUGUUACCGUCGUGAUCAUUGUAAAGUACAUCUGGCCAGAUAAAGAGGUGUCUCCGGGCUAUAUUGCCACCAGCUCUGCUUCCUGGACUGCAGUUUUCAAUGCAAUGCCCACAAUAUGCUUUGGUUUCCAGUGCCAUGUCAGCUGUGUGCCAGUGUUCAACAGCAUGAGCAGGAGGGAGAUCAAACCCUGGGGACUUGUUGUCACACUCAGCAUGAUAAUCUGCCUCUUUGUUUAUACAGGAACAGGUGUCUGUGGCUUCCUGACAUUUGGCUCCAAUGUCGAUCAGGAUGUGUUGAUGUCGUAUCCUCCUAACGAUAUUGCUGUGGCCAUCGCAAGAGCUUUCAUUGUCAUCUGUGUGAUCACCUCCUACCCCAUUUUACAUUUCUGUGGCAGGGCAGUCAUAGAAGGACUUUGGCUGCGUUUCCGAGGUGAGCAGGUAGAGGUGUGUGUACGCCGUGAGCAGAGGAGGAGGAUCCUGCAGACCCUGGUGUGGUGUGCGGUCACACUCGUCCUCGCACUGUUCAUCCCUGAUAUUGGUCGGGUGAUCUCACUUGUUGGAGGGUUGGCAGCCUGCUUUAUCUUUGUCUUCCCAGGUUUGUGUUUGAUGCAAGUCAAACUAUCAGAGACAGACAGCCGAUCUGCAAGCUGGCAUGGACUGGUGAUCUUCGGUGUUGCCAUGGUUACAAUCGGAGCUUUCAUCUUUGGCCUCACCACAACCAACUCCAUCUAUCAAGAUAUUGUCAGCUAAAAGGAACUCAUUUCUUUUUUUUUUUCUUUUUUUUUUUAUGGGAGCCAGUGGUGGCCCUUACUGAAGACAGAGGGGGCUCUUAGUCCUUUGCUGCUAUUCUGAUCUACGGGAUAAGAUGGAGAAGCAUCUCAUGACACUUGUUUAAAAUACUCAAAUCAACAGCUCUGCAGCCCGUCACAUCCCUGUUACGUACUGAGUUAAAACUCCAGCGCUCUCUGCUUAGUCGGGGAGUAGUUGAAGAUGGCACACAGUGCGAAGUGACUUCAGACACUUUGCCUUUUUAUUUUCUGUACAGUUUAAAGUGCAUGUUGUAUGAUUUUUAUUAUGUUUUAACUUGCAGUGAAAGCAGUUUUUGACAGUGUAGUCAUUCCAGAGGGGCCAAGAGUUGACCCUCUAUGGGUACUCUGGCCUGUUUACAAGGGCAUAAGGACCUUGUAUAGAAAGGUCUUACAUUGAAAUCUUUUUUUUUUUUUAUGAAGUUACUAAUUAGUUUUAAGUUGCAUGUGUUUCUAAUCAUUGGCAUGCUGUGGUUUCCAGGUCCAGAUUUGUGUUGGCGCUGCUUAUAGUUUGCCCACUAAUUAAGAAUUUUGUCUCUUCUCCAAAAGAAAAUUGGACUGAGUGACAGGUUCGUGCGCACACUAGGACAGAGUCAUUAAUGAGUGGCGUGUUAACUGCAGCGCUGGCUGUUCAAGUCUGACUGGAUUUCUUUUUUCCACCUCCACUCAGCACCUUAAAGGCAAACCAACUGUAUCAUGUUUUAAAAUAUAUGUAGGAAGUCAGGACUUAAAAUUACUUACAUAAUUUGUAAAGUAAGAAGCACUAUGAUAUUUACAAAUUGGCAAUGAUUUUAAGUUAUUUAUUCUAAGUUUGCAGAAGUUAAAGCUACAAAGAUAAACUUGUGUAAGACUAUAGAGCUUUAAAAGGGGUCUACUUUAGUGUGUAAAACAAUCAAGUGGCCAAGAGGCUGAAAACCACAGGGUCUCCCCAAAGGCUGUGCACAGAUCUGCAGGGUGUACAAAAUUAGCAAAAAACACAGGUUCUUCAGAUUGGAUUUAAAAAUGAUAUCUUUGAAUGUAUAUUAAAAAAAAA